CCUGUGGCUGUCAGUAGUGUCUGAGGUGUUGUACAUCAUGCUGUUAGUCGUUGGAUUCAGCCUUAUGUGCCUAGAGCUCUUUCAUUCAAGCAGUGUGAUAGAUGGGCUCAAGUUAAAUGCCUUUGCUGCUGUCUUCACUGUACUUUCAGGUCUCCUGGGGAUGGUGGCACACAUGAUGUAUACUCAAGUUUUCCAAGUGACAGUCAGCCUUGGGCCAGAGGACUGGAGACCACAUUCAUGGGAUUAUGGAUGGUCCUUCUGGGCUUCACAACACCCAGCUCUAAGUGUCACUACCACACAGAGGAACAGGAGAGACCAUAACGCUCAGAAAAUACCCCCAUUCACUACGUCAAGCUCUUCCAGCAACACAUCAAAAAGCUCUUCACUUUCAUCGAAACCAGCCAGCCAGAUCUCGACAGUUCAGGAUCAAGCCCUGCUGGACAUUGUCUCCAUCACUAGAUUGGCCCUGGGAGAAUCACCAAGUCCUCAACCAUCGGAGCAAAGAAAUACAAUUUUAGCAACAUUGGGUUCCAGUCCACUCAGUGCAAGAACAACUUCAGCAUCUUGCCCAGCCAGCCCCAGGCUCAGCCUAACACCCAGCUCAGCCAAUCCACAGCAAUACUCUGACUCCUCUGCAACCAGUCCAGGGAUCGAUGCAAGUUCCUUCUAUUCCUUUUGUCCUCACACAGCACCAAACUUACAAGCUUCAACAUCAGACCACACACUGACCCCAACCAGGAAAAGCACAAGGCCUCCAACAACAACUCCUGAAGAUAGUUCCCAGUCUCCUGAUUAUUCUAAUGCCGAAUUAAAGACUACAGGAAAGGGUUUUGAAACAGGCCUGGAAGUACCUGAUCAUGAAAGGAGAUUUGUAACUGCAAAGGAAUUCCAAGCCAUGGAGAAAGAACUAGAAGAUGUAAGAGAAGAACUCAAAUGCUUGAAGUGGAAAGUGAGACACAUUGGUGAGACCGUGCAGCCCCUGGCAGAGGAUAGCAAGCGUUACAACGGCUACACCCUGACCGAGCUCAAGGCAAUGGURCAGUUUGAAGACGAUCCUUACAAAGCUGCACACAAAAUCUUAACUGUGCUCUUCAGUGAUGUGAACUUGCUGCAGCACUCGGUCACUGAACAGGCCUGCAACUCACAGUCUCUGCCCAAGCCCAAAUUAGACCCCGAGUUGUACACAGUCUACCRGGACAUUCUGAAAAGCAUAUUCCCUGGAAUUAGCAGUCAGACCUUGAGGGAAGAGACACAACACUUUCAAAAAAGGGCCCGGGAAGAAGUACUAUAAGAGCAGAGUCUACAAAAUCUGCAAAAAAAAAACAAAACAAAACAAAAAAACACCACUCUGAUGACUUCAGAGCACUGAACUGCGUUGUGGCAAGUUAGCUGGGUCUGUCCCUUCCAGGUCAACACACUGGUGAGCUCUGAGCCCUUCACGUCACUCUUACCUGAUAAGGCAGUGGAACAAUAUUCUGUAUACUUUAUACAUUUUUGGAAAAAAAUAAAAGUCCCCUUAGUGUCUCUUUCAAUAUAUGGAUGCUCCCUUGGUUCCAAUAACUACAGUUGCUGCCAAAAAAAAAAAAAGCCAAAGAAGGCAUUGUAUACGCAGGCAAGGGCCUUCCCCCACCCCAAACAGACCU